AUGUCUACUCAAGAAGGAACAGAUCCCUCUGCUACCUCUGCUGAAGAUGUUGCCUCUCCUAGCAUCUCAUCGCAAGCAUCUUUUUUGUCAAGCCCUCAAGGCUCAUUGGCAAGCAAGUUUGCUACCCAUCCCACUCCUAUGGAACAAGAUGCUCCUUUGGGUACGUCCUCUACUGAUUCCUCUAAUAAUGUUGAUUCCAUGGAGGUUCAGGCAUCACUAAAAGAAAAAGCCAGACUGUUGUUUGCAAAAUAUAUUACCUCCAGUCAAGUCGAUCCUGGUUCCGCUUGUCUUAGUACUCCAACCUCUUUUAAAACAACCUAA